GGGUGCUGGGAGCCUGGCGGGCCGCGAACGUAGCUAUCGCGCUGGGGCCGCCGAGAUUAAGUGCCCGGGAUGAACCUCACCUGGAGAAAGGGCUUCUACAAGCAGGACGUCAACAAGACCGCCUGGGAGCUGCCCAAGACCUACGUGUCCCUGACGCACGUAGGCAGCGGGGCCUACGGCGCCGUGUGCUCAGCCAUCGACAAGCGGUCAGGGGAGAAGGUGGCCAUCAAGAAACUGAGCCGGCCCUUCCAGUCUGCGAUCUUUGCCAAGCGGGCCUAUCGUGAGCUGCUGCUGCUGAAACACAUACAGCAUGAGAACGUCAUCGGACUCCUGGAUGUCUUCACCCCAGCCUCUUCUCUGCGCAACUUUCAUGAUUUCUACCUGGUGAUGCCCUUCAUGCAGACGGACCUGCAGAAGAUCAUGGGGAUGGAGUUCGGUGAGGACAAGAUCCAGUACCUGGUGUAUCAGAUGCUCAAAGGUCUUAAGUACAUCCACUCAGCUGGGAUCAUCCACAGGGACCUGAAGCCAGGCAACCUCGCUGUGAAUGAGGACUGUGAGCUGAAGAUUUUGGAUUUUGGGUUGGCACGGCAUGCAGAUGCAGAGAUGACUGGCUAUGUGGUGACCCGCUGGUACCGGGCCCCUGAGGUGAUCCUCAGCUGGAUGCGCUACAACCAAACUGUGGACAUCUGGUCUGUGGGCUGUAUCAUGGCAGAGAUGCUGACGGGGAAAACUCUGUUCAAGGGGAAAGACUACCUGGACCAGCUGACCCAGAUCCUGAAAGUGACGGGGGUGCCGGACGCUGAGUUUGUGCAGAAGUUGAAUGACAAAGCGGCCAAAUCCUACAUCCAGUCCCUGCCACAAAGCCCCAAGAAGGAUUUCUCUCAGCUCUUCCCGCAUGCCAGCCCCCAGGCUGCAGACCUGCUGGAGAAGAUGCUGGAGCUGGACGUGGACAAGCGCCUGACCGCCUCUCAGGCCCUCUCCCACCCCUUCUUUGAAUCCUGCCGGGACCCUGAGGAGGAAACAGAGGCCCAGCAGCCAUUUGAUGAUUUCUUAGAACAUGAGAAACUCACAGUGGAUGAAUGGAAGCAGCACAUUUACAAGGAGAUUGUGAACUUCAGCCCCAUCGCCCGGAAGGACUCUCGGCGCCGGAGUGGCAUGAAGCUGCAGUGACCCGUCUAGCCCGACCCUCGGCUGAGCCCAGGAAUGGCCGCAUGGUACCACCUGCCAGGCACUGUCCCUGGGACCAAUAUUUAUUUAUUGAAGUUUUAGCGUGUCUUGGAUUAUAGCCUUCCAAGUAGAGGACAGAGGACCCUUGUCCUUGUGUAGGAAACAGGCCUAGUAGAUGCAGAAUUCAGAGGUGUCGGUUGGGAGAAAAUAGCUAUGAUCAUAACUGGCCAUAUUAAAGCACCCAUCUGGAGAAUCGCCUGUGUGUGGGGUCCUUACCUUCAUGGCUGUAGUGGGGCUGAACUGGGGCAGGAGUCUACGGCAGUGAUGGUGUAUUUGUUUGCUAGGGCUGCUGUAACGAAUUAUCACAAACUGUGUGCCUUAGAAUGAUAGAAAUUUUUUCUCACGGUUCUCACAGGUCUGAAAUCAAGGUGUUGGCAGGGCCAUGUUCCCUUUUGAAGGUUCUAGGGAAGAAUCCCUCCUGGCCUCUUUUUAGCUUCUGGUAGCUCCUGGAAUCUUUGGUGUUCUUUGGCUUAUAGCUGCAUCACCCCUAUCUCUGCCUCUGUCUUCACAUGGCCUUCUCUGCUCUGUGUAUUUCUGUCUUUGGCUGAUCUUAUAAGAACAUCAGUCACUGAAUUUAGGACCCACCCUAAUCCAGUGUGAUCUCAUCUUAAUCCUUAGUAAUUACAGCUGCAAAUAUCUCAUUUUCAAAUAAAGUCACAUUCUGAGGUUCUGGGUGGACAUGAAUUUUGGGGGCACAUUUUUCAACCCACUACAGAUGGCCAUGAGGGAGGGGCCCCAUCCCAGAGCCCCUUUGUUGUGGAGCCAAACGUGUUUGGCUGCUAAAUUAAAGGAGUUGCAGAGAGAGCUGCAGCUGGUGAGACAUUGCAUGCAGGUUAUUUUGGGUGAGUGAUCAGCAAUCAAGAUAUGAAACAGCAGGCUUGUUGACUGGGAGGUGCAAAAGGCAGAAAUGGGCUUUUUCCAGGAAAACGGUUCUACUCCUUCCCCCUUUUGGGAAUUGUACAUCUCUCCUGAGCUUUAACCUGACAAUGGAUUGGAUCCUUCUGUUCAGUUUUGAAAACUCUGUUCAGGUCUCAAACUUCCCUAUGCACCAGGGCCUGGUUAAUAUGCAGAUUCCUGGGCCCAGCCCCUGGGAUUUUGAUUUAGCAGGUCUGGGGUUGAAACCCUAGAACGUUUGAAUGAGGACCCCUUCACCUCAACCCAAGCCCAGUGAUUCUGAUGGAUAUCUGACCACAUUUAGAGAAACAUUUAGUUGAUUUCAGUACCACUUAAUUUGUCAAAAGGCCUAAAUUAGAAAACUACAAUGGGAGACUGAGGGGCUUUAGAUGACUUUCACACUCUCAUUUUAGAGAUGUUAAAACUAAGGCUCAGUCAGGGCAUUUUUAGGGCAGUGAAACUAUUUUGAAUGAUGUCAUGGUGGAUACACGACAUUAUGCAUUUGUCACAACUAGUGGAACUGUACAACACAGUGAGUGAACCCUCAAGUAAACU